AUGAUUACUCUUAUCUGGCUCUUCAAUUUAGGUCACAGAGGGAGCACAUUGCAAAACUUGUGUUUGGCAAAACCCACCCUAACCAGGCGUGACAGUCUGAUCGAUCUCUUUGGAUCGUGGAGACAUGCAAAGGUCUAUGAUAGGUUUAAAGAGAAGCUUAGGAGGUUUGAGAUAUUUAAGGACAACCUGAAGCAUAUCGAUGAAACGUACAGGAGAGAGACGAGUUAUUGGCUCGGUCUUAAUGAGUUUUCUGACAUGAAUCCUGAGGAGUUCAGGGGGGAGUUCUUCGGUCUGAAGCCAGUGUUCAGUAAGAGAAGGGAACAAGAUGAUUUCAUGUAUGAGAAUGUGGUAACUUGGCCCAAAUCAGUGGAUUGGAGGAAGAAGGAAGCAGUAACUUACGUGAAGAAUCAAAGGACAAUUUGGCUAUACAUGUUUGCAGGAAGUUGUUGGGCUUUCUCGACAGUAGCAGCUGUUGAAGGCAUAAAUCAGAUUGUGACAGGGAACCUAACAGCUUUAUCUGAGCAAGAACUGAUUUGUGAUGAGCCAUACAACAAUGGUUGUAAUGGAGGUCUGACGGAUUAUGCCUUCAGGUUCAUAGUCUCUAAUGGUGGAACCCACAACUACCCUUGCCUCAUGGAAGAAGGCACAUGUGAAGAGAGGAAGAGAGACAUGGAGGUUGUAACACUCAAUGGCUAUGAAGAUGUGCCACACAGUGAAGUGAGCCCACUUAAAGCACUGGCCCAUCAGCCUGUAAGUGUUGCAAUAGAAGCUUCAGAGAGAAAUUUUCAGUUCUACAGUGGGGGGGGUUCUAAUGGAACUUGCAGAACUGAUCUGGAUCACAGUGGCAGCCGUUGGAUAUGGAACAUUCAAAGGCCAGGAUUACGUUAUUGUGAAGAACUCUGGGGGUCCAAGAUAGGGAGAGAAAGGGUAUACCAGGAUGAAGAGGAAUACUGGGAAAUCCGAAGGGCUCUGCGAGAUAUACAAGAUGGCUUCUUAUCCUACUAAGAAGUGAUAAAGUUGUUUACUGUAAUUUCAUUAUAUUUGGGACUUUUAUUAUUUGCUUCCCAUGUUUUUUUCCCCCUGCUUUCUAAUCCUCUAUCAUCAACGGGUUUCAGAAUUGAUGUAAACAUAUGAUAUAUUUUUUCUUAAUAAAAAGGUUAAGUUUGUGAUAUAGUUCCCAGUCAAAAUUUCCUAAGAAACUCCGGAAAAGAACAACAAACAACUUCAGAAUUAGAACAUAAGUUUAUUGAAUUUUCCAAUUGCAUAUACCACCUUUGUUCUCUUCGGCACAGAAUCCCAUCUGCAUAACCUAGGAUGGGAAGGAGAGGAUAGGAGAGGAAGAAUGGAGGGAGGCUCAUCAAACUAAUUAUCGAAUCACUAAACUGUCUGCAGAUCUUUCAUCAAUGACCAAAAUUUUCAUUGAUUUCCACUUUGUAUCAAUCAGUGUUCUAAAUAUCAGGUACAGGAUCAUGUGGGAAGGAACAUUCCAUUCGAAUGGCAGGUAUCGAAGAUAUUUAGUAAAUACUAGUAUAGUGCACAUGCGUUGCACGUGGAUACAUUUGUUUUAUGUUCUAAUACUUUACAUAAUUCAUUAUUUAAUUAAUUUAAUUAAUGGAAGAGUUUCAUUUUGAAUAUAAUUA